GGGACCCGGCCAGCUCUCCACCCACCACACCAUCCUGACCUCAUCUGCUGCCCAGUAAUUUGGGAUGGACCCACGAGGUGCCAGACGCUCGGGAGAGACCCCAGACAGCCAGGGUCCCGGCUGAGGGCCUGGAUCCUGCUCCCAGGUGGCAUUUGGCCAAGUCGGGGGCCCUCUUGCAAGAGACGGUGUCCGGGAAGCUCUCGAACCUGCACCUUCCCGGAAAUCCACCAGAUGGUCACGUGGCCCAGGAACGAGCCCUUGCACCCGGCGAUUCCACUUCUUAGGCCAGGCCCUUGGGAUUCCUUCUGCCGCGUAACCUCCGCACACGGAGAGGCGCGCACCGGCGGCAGCGCGGAGUGUCUCCCGGAGCCGAGCUCUCAGGUGUCUGGAUGGAGAACGCUUCUCUCAGCGACGAGUACGGCCACUACGACGAGGAGGUCCCGGACUUCCCCGUGGACUGCGCCGACGGCACCUGCGUGGCCAUCGGGCCCCUCCGCGUGGCCCCGCUCCUGCUGUACGCGGUGGUCUUCCUGGUCGGGGUGCCGGGCAACGCCAUGGUGGCCUGGGUGAGCCGGAAAGAGGCCCAGCGCAGGGCCGGGGCCACCUGGUUCCUCCAUCUGGCCGUGGCCGACCUGCUCUGCUGCUUGUCCCUCCCGAUCCUGUCGGUGCCCAUCGCGCGGGGCGGCGAGUGGCCCUAUGGGGCCGUGGGCUGUCGGGCCCUGCCCUCGGUCAUCCUGCUGUCCAUGUUCACCAGCGUGCUGCUCCUGGCUGCUCUCAGCGCGGACCUCUGCCUCCUGGCCCUCAGGCCGGCCUGCUGGGCGCCGGAUCGGCGGGCGUGCAGGGUGCAGGUGGCCUGCGGGGCAGCCUGGACCCUGGCCUUGCUGCUGACCCUGCCCUCGGCCAUCUACCACCGCCUGCACCGGGAGCACUACCCGGCCCGGCUGGAGUGCGUGGUGGACUACGGCGGCUCGGCGGCGGCUGAGAACACGGUGGCCGCCACCCGGUUUAUGUUUGGCUUCCUGGGGCCGCUGGUGGUCGUGGCCAGCUGCCACGGUGCCAUCCUGUGCCGCGCGGCCCCACGCCGCUGGCCGCUGGGCACGGCCGUGGUGGUGGGCUUUUUUGUCUGCUGGACCCCCUACCACGUUCUGGGGCUGGUGCUGGCCGUGGCUGCCCCGCACUCCAGGCUGCUGGCCCGGGCCCUGCGGGCGGAGCCCCUGGUCGUGGGCCUCGCCCUGGCUCACAGCUGCCUCAAUCCCGUGCUCUUCUUGUAUUUCGGGCGGGCCCAACUCCGCCGGUCACUGCCGGACACGUGUCGCUGGGCCCUGCAGGGGCCCCAGAGCAAGGAUGAAAGUGCCGUCAGCAAGAAAUCCACCAGCCAUGACCUGGUCUCGGAGAUGGCGGUAUAGGCUGGAGGGGAAACCCAUGUGCAUCCUCCGAUCCCAUUUCACGAAACUGGCUUCAGGCAUAGGGAGAUUCAGGGGUUCAAUGCUAUCAUCAUUUAUCCCUUUAUUCACUCAACAAAUGU